GCACUGACGUUUCGUUAGGCCACAGUAGGUGCGCUUCAGAAAUGGCCGCUUCCGUCUGUGGAAGCAUGCUUCGCACUGGAAGUGUCGUUUCUCGCAAAUUGUGCCCAGUUUAUGCUACUCAAGUGCGGACUACAGUUUAUGACAAAAAUUAUGUAGAGCCAUUCAUCGGCAAGAAGAAACUGGAGGAACUGGAAGCAUCAGGGGAAGCGGAAGAUUUCAAGUUCGUGCCUGUCAAGGCAGCGUUGAGCGAUGUGUCGACUUCGGUAUUUUAUGACGCUACGCUCAACAAGUUCAUAAACAUGUUGAUGCGCGAAGGCAAGAAAGCACUCGCAAAAGAGAACGUUGAACGAGGACUGUUCAAUGUGAAGCGGAUCCAGCUCGCGAAGUACAACCGCACCACUGAUGAGGAGUCGAAAAGUAAGAUCGAGUGCAACCCUGUAACUAUCCUGCACAAGGCCUUAGAAAACUGCCGCCCAGUAGUGGAACUAAGCCCGAUCAAGCGAGGUGGCAUCACUUACCAAGUACCUGUGCCCAUGACACAGAACAGGUCUCGUUUUCUUUGCAUGAAGUGGAUGAUCGACGCUGUCAACGACAAGGACCCUAAAGUGAGGUUCUAUGAUCAGCUCGCCAAAGAACUGCUGGAUGCGUACAACAACCAGGGACGUGUCGUCAAAAAGAAGCACGAGCUACACAAGCAGUGUGAAGCCAACAAAGCUUAUGCCCAUUAUAGAUGGUCGUAACGGCCUACCUUGCUCAAAUAGACCUGCAUCGAGCGUUCAGCAAGCGCGCUUGGCUAUGUAGAAAAUGAAUAAAUUUUGGUAACCCGCC